AUGAAAUCCCUCUUCAGGAGAGUGGUUUUGACCAAUAAUAUAUCAUUUGCUCGUAUUAAUGUGUUUCGACUCGCAUCGAAUGAUGCCAAAAAGCAAGCACAAGAUCCACAAAAAACAGAAGAAGUUAUUAAUAAUAUUACAAUCGAAAAGUAUGGCGGUGUUACAACAUUAAACAUAGACCGCCAGAAGACUAGAAACAGUCUUGAUGAAGCUACAUUGAGAGAGAUGGCCACUGCAAUAGAUGCAUUUGAUAAAGAUAAUGAUGCAAAGGUUUUGGUGUUUAAUGGUGAAGGCGGAUCAUUCUGUUCCGGGUUUGAUUUAGAUGAAGUAGGUGCAAAGGGAUACAAUACACUUCUAGAUGCUGCCUCACGAUUACGUCGUCGGCCUUUAUGUGAUAAACCAACCAUAGCUGCUGUCACUGGAUAUGCCGUUGCUGAGGGCUUCGAGCUUGCCCUUGCGUGUGACCUUCGUAUAAUUGAGGAUACAUCGGUGAUUGGGUGCCUAGGACGUAGAUUUGGUGUUCCACAAAGUUUGUACGGCGCCCGACGUCUGACAUCGCUUAUAGGACUUUCCCGUGCGCUAGAUUUACUAAUGACGGGAAGGUUGAUAAACGGUUCUGAAGCUUAUGCAAUGGGAUUAGCAUGUAAACUGACUUCCACAGGAACUGCACUUGGAGAAUCAGUGAAAUUGGCCAAAUCAUUGGUGAAGUUUCCACAAAAUGCACUCAUAAUGGACAAGUUAGCCGCUGUCAUUUCACAAUUGAACCCCAACAGUGAGGAGAGUAUGCGCGAUGAGGCUGUCUUAUCAAGCCUGUUAGGAGGGGCUAUAAAAGAUAUAAACGAAGGAGUAAUUAAGUUCCAAAAAGGUAUAGGCAAGCACGGGAAAUUCUAUAGACUGACAGAAGUACCACUUAAGGAUUGGGAAAUCGAAGAAACCAUUGAUGAAAUUACGGUUGAAUCAGAUAAGUCGCCAAAAAAAUCU